AUGGAGCAAUCAGUUGUUGAUGACAUAAUCAAUCGACUGUUAGAAGUUCGAAAUCGUCCGGGGAAGCAAGUUCAACUAUCGGAGUCCGAGAUCCGUCAACUCUGUGUGGUUUCUAGAGAUAUUUUCAUUCAACAACCUUAUUUAUUAGAACUCGAAGCACCUAUCAAAAUUUGUGGUGAUGUACAUGGUCAAUAUUCUGAUCUCUUAAGGCUUUUUGAGUAUGGUGGAUUACCUCCCGAGGCUAAUUACUUGUUUUUGGGGGAUUAUGUGGAUCGGGGAAAGCAAAGUUUAGAAACAAUUUGCCUUCUCCUUGCUUAUAAGAUUAAAUAUCCUGAGAACUUUUUCCUAUUGAGAGGAAAUCAUGAAUGUGCUUCUAUAAACCGGAUUUAUGGAUUUUAUGAUGAGUGCAAGAGAAGGUUCAAUGUAAGAUUAUGGAAGACAUUUACAGACUGCUUCAAUUGCCUUCCUGUGGCAGCUCUUGUUGACGAAAAGAUUUUAUGUUUGCUUUGUGAUCUUCUUUGGUCUGACCCAAGCAAAGAUGUUCAAGGAUGGGGAAUGAAUGACAGGGGAGUUUCAUAUACAUUUGGUGCUGAUAAGAUCACAGAGUUUCUUCAGAAACAGGAUCUUGACCUAAUUUGCCGUGCUCAUCAGGUUGUGGAGGAUGGAUACGAGUUCUUUGCUAAUAGACAACUCGUAACAAUAUUUUCAGCACCUAAUUAUUGUGGAGAGUUUGACAAUGCCGGUGCUAUGAUGAGUGUUGAUGAGAAUCUAAUGUGCUCUUUCCAAAUAUUAAAGCCAGCUGAUAAAAAAACAAAGAUCAAUUUUGGAAGCACAACCACUGCUAAGCCUGGAAACUCUCCAGCAGUCUUUCCUUGGUGCAAAAGUAUGAUAUUGAACUGUGCUAUAAAGAUUGCUGUAACAACUGGUCAGCUUGGUCCUAGCUCCUAA